UACGUCACGUGGGGCCCGCCCUGCGACGGCGUGUUGCAAGCUCCGGGCAGCCGUCGUGGAGCUGAAUUUCCGCGGUUGUGAAAGGCGGUGGCAGCGGCGACCUCCCUGCUUCUCUGCGUGGGGUCCGGGACUCCGCGAUGGCCGGCCGGUGCGGGGCCCGUGGCGCUCUGUCGCCACAGUUGCUGCUCUUCGACCUGCCGCCCGCACUGCUGGGAGAGCUUUGCGGGAUCCUGGACAGCUGCGAUGGCCCGCUCGGCUGGCGGGGCCUGGCGGAGCGACUUUCAAACAGCUGGCUGGAUGUUCGUCAUAUUGAAAAGUACGUAAACCAAGGUAAAAGUGGAACAAGAGAAUUGCUCUGGUCCUGGGCACAGAAAAACAAGACGAUCGGCGACCUUUUAGAGGUUCUCCAGGACAUGGGGCAUCAACGAGCUAUCCACUUAUUCAUCAACUAUGGCAUAAGCUGGACUCCUUCAGUGCAGAUGCAUCACGAGCUUCCAUUCCCUAGCUUCUCACCUGACGUGAAGCAUGCGUGCAGAGAAAACGACCCUGGACCUCUGGAACCAGCCAGUGUAACAGUGGAUAAUGUUCUUGUUCCUGAACAUAAUAAAAAAGGAACACUGCAGAAACCCCCUAUCAGCUUCCAGAGUAUCCUAGAAGGAACCAAACAUUUCCACAAAGACUUCCUGAUUGGAGAAGGGGAGAUAUUUGAAGUCUACAGAGUGACCAUUCGAAACCAGACAUAUGCUGUUAAAUUGUUUAAACAGGAGAAAAAAAUGCAACUUAAGAAGCACUGGAAGAGAUUUUUAUCAGAACUGGAAGUUUUACUCCUGUUCCGUCACCCCCACAUACUAGAGCUGGCUGCAUAUUUCACGGAGACUGAGAAGCUUUGUCUAGUUUAUCCCUAUAUGAGCAACGGGACGCUUUUUGACAGAUUACAGUGCACAAAUGGUACAACCCCGCUUUCCUGGCACGUUCGAAUCAGCGUAUUGAUAGGAAUAGCCAAAGCCAUCCAAUACUUGCACAACACUCAGCCGUGCGCCGUCAUCUGUGGCAACGUUUCCAGUGCAAACAUACUCUUGGAUGACCAGCUCCAACCCAAACUAACGGAUUUUGCCGCGGCACACUUCCGACCCAAUCCAGAGCAGCAGAGUUCUACCAUAAAUAUGACUGGCAGUGGCAGGAAACAUCUGUGGUACAUGCCAGAAGAAUACAUCAGACAGGGAAGACUUUCCGUUAAAACUGAUGUCUACAGCUUCGGAAUCGUGAUCAUGGAGGUUCUAACGGGCUGCAAAGUGGUGCUGGAUGAUCCGAAACACGUUCAGCUGCGGGAUCUCCUCAUGGAACUGAUGGAGAAAAGAGGCCUAGACUCCUGCCUGUCCUUCUUAGACAGGAAGAUACCGCCCUGUCCUCGGAACUUCUCUGCAAAGCUCUUCUCUCUGGCAGGCCAGUGUGCGGCAACGAGGGCCAAGUUAAGACCCACGAUGGAUGAAGUCCUAUCCUCUCUGGAGAGCACCCAGCCUAGCUUGUAUUUUGCAGAAGACCCUCCCACUUCCUUGAAGUCCUUCAGGUGUCCUUCUCCACUGUUCUUGGAUAAUGUCCCAAGUAUUCCAGUAGAAGAUGAUGAAAACCAGAAUAACCAUUCAGUACCUCCCAAGGAAGUUUUGGGGACAGAUAGAGUGACUCACAAAACCCCCUUUGAAUGCAGCCAGUCUGAGGUUACCUUUCUAGGCUUGGACCGAAACAGAGGGAACAGGGGAAGUGAAGCAGCUUGCAAUGUGCCCGGUUCUUCUUGUGAGGAAUGCUGGUCCCCAGAGCUUGUGGCGCCAUCCCAGGACUUAAGGCCUACUGUGAUCAGUUUGGGCUCGUCUUGGGAAGUACCAGGCCAUUCUUAUGGGAGCAAGCCAAUGGAGAAGAGGUGUUCCUCUGGGCUCUCUUGCAGUGAGCAUGAACAGUCCAAAAAGCAGUGAAUCCACCAGAAGAUCAAGAAAAAAAUAAAAGCAAACGUCGCUGAAGGCACUGAGCAAAUAGUGUCCCCGUGGAAAGGCAUGAGCUCUGAGCUCCGUGAGUACAGCCAAGGGACCAACUGAUGGAGAAUUUGAAUGGUGCAGAUUAGCAGCAAGGAAGUCUAUUCCUUCCUCCAAACAGAAUAAUUUCAAGAGAUGCUUUAUCCGAGUGACCGCCUCUCAGCCAAACCUGAGAAGCUAAACUGGAGCCAAGCAGAGUUAUCCAAGAUUCUGGGUUCUGGCAAUCAAAACCUAGCAAAGAGUAGCAGGAACCUUAAGUCUCUCACUCUCUCUCCUCAUCCGAGUGAGAUCUUGGUAUAGGUGAACAGAGAACCACCCACCUUCCAGAACCAGAACCACCUUCUCCCCAAGCCAGCAUUCAGUCAUCAGCAGCCAGCAGUCGCCAGCAGUCAAACAUGAUACAGUGUCACUCCCCCUCUGUACAUGCCCUACGCCCUUUAUAAAACCCAGGUCUUCAGGGCCCACCCCUUUCUUUUUCCAUCCUUGCUCAGAGGCAGCCUUUUGUAUACAUUCCCUGACCCCACCCCAAUAUAUCUCUCAUAUGAUAUCUGUUGCAUAGUGUGACUUUGUGGCAUUACUUGGUUGUCAGAUCAUUUGCACAAGAACAAACGAAUAAACAACAACAAAGCCCACCAUCAUUACCACUGGCACUCAAUGCUAGUCUUUCUACUAGGGAUACGGACAGUCUAUUGGCUUCCCAUGGUCAUAGGGAAGUUGCUCAAACGCAAAGGUUGUAGGGAAUGUCUAAUUUGUAAAUGGUGUCCGGUGCCUUUGGAAGGAAUUGUGUUUUUACAGCGACUGGCAGUUGCUACUCUUUUGUUUAUCGCUGGUUAACCGGUCUGUCGGGAAGUGAGCCAAGUCACCCUUGCUAGGGCUUUUUUCUGUGUAGAGAGGGAAUUCCAGUCCAAAGUCUGCAUCUCUGUAUUUAAAUUCUUAGAAGAGUUGCCUGUGGUAUUCCAAUUGUUAUAAAAAAAAAUUAUAUUAAAGAAUUACAGCGCU